AAUGUUUGCUAACGGAAAUGUCCUUGGCUUGGAGGACAUCAAGCGUUGCAUUGCCGAAACCGGCGUGGAGGGUGUGAUGACUGCCGAAGGCAAUUUACACAAUCCAGCCAUAUUUACUGGAAAAUCAAUGAAAAUUUGGGAUAUUGCAAGCGAGUAUCUAAACUUUGUGCGGAAAUAUCCAUGCCCUGUUUCUUAUAUCCGGGGACAUUUAUUUAAAAUCUUCCACCAUUUGAUGAAUUUACGACCGAAUUCAGCGUUGCGGGAAGAAUUAGCUGUGUCCAAUCAGUUGGAGCAUUUUCGUACCGUGGUAGAUAAGAUUAAAAGCAAAUAUGAACCAUACCAUUUAGGCGCAAAAAUAUAUGAUGUUGAGGAGGUGGACCCCAGUAUUUUGUUUAUCAAGCAGGGUUUUAAUUUAUCUUUGCCACCAUGGCUUUGUCAACCAUACAUUCGUUUGACUCCUGAGACACACAAACAAAUAAUUGCUGAGAAGAUGCGCCUUGCUGAGGACCCUAAUCGUCCUAAACGUCAAUUUUUCGAUAUCGAAGGAAAUGAGAUCUCCCGCAAGCGCAUGAAGAAGCUACGUAGGCGCAUGCGACGGCCCAAUAUACCGGAAGGAAAACAUGUGCGCAGUUUAGAAUGUUGUAGUCAAUGUGCUAAUCCUGUGGGUAAUAAAUGUGAAUAUCGUUUGUGUCGCACUUGCUGUCGCGAUAAAUGUUACUCUGAAGAUCAUGAUUGCCUCGGGCAUGGUAUUAUGAUUAAAUCUCGAAUUGUUAAAUCAAAAUUAUUUAAAUGUCAAAAUGAGGGCAAAAGAGAGUAUGUUUUAUCAGAGGAUGUGGAAGACAUGCCUGUACAGUGUUCUAAAGAUAUAGAUUAGGCCAAUAGUUUACCUAACGACGAGAACAACCGUGUUAUUAAUGGGAACAGUUGAUUUUAAAUUAUGAAACUAAACUUGCUAUUAGUUCAAACUGAUAUACAUACAUUUAUAAACAUAUACCAUACAUAGUCAAGUUGCUUAAGGUUGUUUGUGUAUACUAUUCCUACCAUAAGGAAUACUCAAAUAAAAGUUAUAUGUGACUGGGUAUGAGAAAAAGGUGUUAUCAACCAAAAAAAUUUUAAUUUGUCCUAUGACGGUUUCUGAUAUCUAUGUAUAUAUCUCGAGUGAAAAAGAAAUUUUGGUUGAUAACAGCCAAUAUAAA